GUUCUGGAUGCUGGAUGCUGGAUCUACAGACGACACGACACGGCUCUCUUCUGCCAGCGAUUUUUGCGAGCAACAUCGGGCGCAGCAAGGCAACGCGAGUGAGCAAGAGACAAUGGCGGGCACGGCGGCGCCGGCCGCGGGCUACGGCGCGGACGGCGUGUACCGCUCGCUGCGCCCGGCCGCGCCCAUCGCGUCCGACCCCGGCCUCUCCCUCACCGACCUCCUCCUCCGCCGCGCCGACGCGUGCCCCUCCGCGCUCGCGCUGGUCGACGCCGCCACCGGCCAGGCCCUCACCUUCGCCGCCUUCCGCUCCGCCGUCCUCACUACAGCAGUCGCGCUCUCCUCGCGCGCGGGCGUCCGCCCCGGCGACGUCGUCCUCAUCCUCGCGCCCAACUGCGUCCUCUACCCCAUCUGCUUCUUCGCCGUCACCGCUCUCGGCGCCGUCGCCACUACGGCCAACCCCCUCUAUACCUCCAGGGAGAUCGCCAAGCAGGUCUCCGACGCCUGCGCCAAGCUCUCCAUCACCAUCUCUGGCCUCCUGCCCAAAAUCGCGGAGCUCCGCCUCCCCACCAUCCUCAUCGACGGCGACGCGGCCAGCGCCAGCGCCAUCGCCUCCAUGCCUCCAGGUACCAGCGUCACGCUCUACUCCGAUCUCAUUGCCGGUGUGCAGGAGACGGAGUAUCGCCGCCCGCCGACAAAGCAGAACGACACGGCCGCGCUGCUGUACUCGUCGGGCACUACGGGGGCGAGCAAGGGCGUCAUCCUGACGCACCGCAACUUCAUUGCGGCGGCGGUCAUGACGACGUCUGACCAGGACACGCGCGGGGAGGGGCCCAACGUGUUCCUCUGCUUCCUCCCCAUGUUCCACAUCUUUGGCCUGUCCGUCAUCACGUUCGCGCAGCUGCAGCGCGGCAACGCCAUCAUCGUGAUGUCGGGGUUCGACAUGGACUCUGUGAUGGUCGCCGUGCAGCGGCACCGUGUCACGCACCUCUUCUGCGUGCCGCCGGUCAUGAUCGCGCUUGCCAAGCACGGAAGGGCCGGGAAAUACGACCUCAGCUCGCUCAAGUUCAUCGGCUCCGGCGCAGCGCCGCUCGGCAAGGAUGUGAUGGAGGUCGUGGCAAAGAACUUCCCGGACGCCGAGAUUGUCCAGGGUUAUGGUAUGACUGAGACUUGUGGGAUCAUAUCGUUAGAGUACCCAGAAAGAGGACAAGUACGUCAAUUUGGGUCAACUGGAACACUUGUGUCAGGAGUUGAAGCAAAGAUUGUUGAUGUAGAAACAUUGAAAUAUCUUCCACCGAAUCAACUAGGAGAAAUUUGUGUUCGAGGACCAAACAUAAUGCAAGGGUAUUUCAACAAUGUGCAAGCUACUGAAUUUACAAUCAAGCAAGGGUGGUUGCAUACUGGUGAUAUUGGACACUUCGAUGAAGGAGGCCAGCUUUUUGUUGUUGAUAGACUUAAAGAGCUGAUUAAGUACAAAGGUUUCCAGAUUGCACCGGCUGAGCUUGAAGGACUGCUUCUGUCUCAUCCAGAAAUUCUCGAUGCUGUUGUUAUCCCGUUUCCUGAUGCUGAAGCUGGGGAAAUUCCUAUUGCCUAUGUUGUACGGGCCCCUAUGAGUUCUUUGACUGAAGUUGAUGUCCAGAUGUUUAUCGAAAAGCAGGUCACAUACUACAAAAGAUUGAGGAGGGUUACCUUUGUGGACAGCGUACCAAAAUCUGCUUCAGGAAAGAUUUUGAGAAGAGAACUCAUCGCUAAAGUCAGAUCGUCCAAGUUAUAGCAAAUCUGCUUCUGUUUAAAUUGGAAAUUUGUCAAUUGAACGAAAUGGUUUACAUAUUAUUGACUGGAGCUUAUGAGUUACGAACCACAGAAUUCAGUCCAGAAAUGCCAGACAUUACACAUGGAACCGUACAUGAUAUAUCGUAUAUGUGACAUGCCAAUAUUUGUUCAA